AUGGCUACCCAACUGACAGUCUUGGUUCGUCCGCGCUUAUGGCUCAUGCCUUUACGCACGGAAUAUGAACAAAUUUGGGAGCAGAGGGGCCAUCGGGCAUCUUACGAAGGCUUUAUUCGUAUGAUACUUUCAUGGCUAUCUACUAGUAAGCUGAUGGUCCAUACUCGCCAGCAGUACAAUUCGAGUCAGGGAUGGCAUACGAGUACCGACGCAAGCGCAAAUGUUUAUGAACUCCCAGAGCCAGAGGAGUUCGUCCCGUCAGAGAAUGACCCAAUCCACAUACCACCCGCUCGACAGGAUUACUAUCUGAAGCUGUUCCGCGGCUUCGUUCGCAUCUUCGUGGCUGACAGGCCGUUUUACGACUCCAGAGGUCCUCCGGAAUGGUCUGUGCAGUACAAGGCACUGUACGAUAUAUGCGGACGCAUGUACGCACAGAAUCUCACAGAAGACGGAUAUUCAGUGCUUCAUCCGGCGAGGGUGCUCGAGACAAACAAAGUUACGGAGCUUCGCGUAAACUCUUGGGGAAUCAUUGGCAGACGCACCAUGGAUGAAACAAUGAAGGUUAAGAUCUUUGAGGAAGCGUCACCGUUUAGCGAGACCGAGUUCUCAGCCCUUCCGCCACCUCGGCCAAUCUGCAAACGGCCUACAAACGUUACUCAUGUACCAGGAUGCAACUGA